AUGUCUCUAGUUGCUCUAGGAGAAAUUCCCGAGGCCGUGAACAAACUCCGGCUUAAUUUCACUGCUCGUCCGCGCAAGUCGCACGCCUUUGUAAAGGCGCAGCUGCUCUCCCUAAAAGAUGCGCUCCAGAAACACCAGGACAGCAUCGUUUUGGCUCUACUCCACGAUUUCCACCGUUCGCCCCAGGAGACGCUGAUUGCCGAGUUUGGCCCGCUGCUGGGCGAGCUUGCCUAUCUGGCUGGCAACCUCUCGUCGCUGCUUGCUCCGGAAACUCCCGACGCAAUGCCUGUCGCGUUCAGCGUCGCUUCGUGCAAGAUCGAGAAGGAGCCGUUGGGCACAAUUCUAGUGAUGUCGCCGUUCAAUUUCCCGCUGCUGCUUGCCCUGAGCCCGCUGGCAGGCGCAAUUGCAGCCGGCAACAACGUUGUGCUCAAACUGCCGGGCGACAGAUGUCCUGAAUUCUGCAGAGUGCUGUCUCGUCUUCUCGCCGAGGCUCUGGAUCCGGAAAUAUUGGUGGUCGUUAGUGGCGGUCUAGAAGAGGCCCAGACGGUGCUUGAGCAGAAAUACGACAAGAUCGUAUUCACGGGCUCUACCGAGGUGGGGAAGAUUGUACACGCCAAGGCGGCCGAGUCGCUGACUCCGACGCUGUUGGAGCUGGGCGGAAAAUCGCCAGCAUUCAUCACCUCCGGCUGCUCAGACAUCCAAACAGCACUUGCCAGACUUUUCUGGGGCAAGUUUUGCAACGCGGGCCAGGUCUGCGUGUCGCCGGACUACCUGCUCGUCCAGGACUCCGUGUACGACAAAGUGGUGGCAGAAAUGUUGGCUGUGCUACAAAAAACGUACCAGGUCUCAGAAACAACAGAUUAUACGCAUCUGGUCAACAGCAGCUCAUUCAAUCGUCUGGUAGGUCUGCUAGAGAAAACACGCGGUAAGCUGCUGUUUGGGGGCGCGCAAGACCCGGAAACAAAUUUUCUGGCCCCAACGGUGGUCACGGACGUCGAUUGGGACGACCCGCUGAUGGAGUCCGAGAUAUUUGGCCCUAUUUUGCCGGUUCUCAGGUACUCGUCGCUGGAAGAAGCAGUGCAGACUAUUCAGAAAUACCACGACACCCCAUUGGCCACGUACAUAUUUUCUGACAGGCAGGAAGAGGUCCAAUUGGUGGACAGGAUCCGGUCGGGAGCUCUUUUGGUCAACGAAACACUGGUGCAUGCCGGCAUCCAUACGUGUCCGUUUGGGGGCGUUGGGACGUCUGGAACAGGCAAUUACCACGGAAAGUACUCGAUCGAGGCGUUUACACACAAAAAGGUGGUUUUGAAACAGCCGUAUUGGUACGAGGUAGCACUGAAAGACAGAUAUGCUCCGUACUCCAAAGCCAAGAGUAACUGGCUGAUGUUUGUCUACAGGCUGCCCAGCAUCAGAAGGGUGCGCUACAACGAGCUAGCCACGGUGUUGGCUGUUCUGCUUGCCGGGCUCGUUGGCUAUUUUAUAGGAAAGCGGUAG